CAUGGAAAAUAUAAUAAUGCAUAUGUUCUUUCUAGACAACCCCUUUACUUUUUCUUUUUCCCAUGGCGUUGUUCUUAUCUACUAACACCCUUUCUUCUUCAUUCUAUAAAUAAUUCAUUUCAAUUCCUCUUUGUUCAUCCUUUUUCAUUCAAGUUCUUAAUUUUUCUUGUCCAAUGAUGCAAACUGGGCCUCACAAAGUUGCAGAAGAAGAUGCCUUUUACAAGGAAAAGGAUAAGGUCAUAAUUUAUCCGAGAGGCUUUAAUAUCACAUGGGGCAAUGAUCAUCGUUAUUGGCGUAUUGUCAACCCCAACGAGUCGGAGAAUUUGAGCUUGGCCGAGCUGAAACAAGUUUCAUGGCUUGAAGUGACAUGCUCAACUGAUAAUGUAGAGCUUGGAAAGAAUUACAAAGUGGGUUUCAAUGUUUCACUAAGGCCAGAUGCAUUUGGAUGGAAAGGGCUUGAUGUUUAUGUAAUGGCUAAGGUUGGGAAGUCAGGAAACUUCUUCCCUAAGAAAGUGUCUCUUGGAGACGACCACCCAAAUCAAAAUUUUAUCAUUCCUAAGACGCCUUUAGUAAUCCCAAUUGAUCCUUCAACAGCCAAAGAGAACAGGAGCAUCCACCUUGGGUUGUAUGAAGUUUGGAGUUCAAAGUGGAAGGGGGGAUUGCAGAUCCACAAUGCAUUCAUUGAGAAGAUUGACUAAACUUUGAGCCAUAAUCCUAUGAGGGAUAUGAGAUUAAGGAUAUCUUUGUUGUUGUUGAUUCAUUGAUAUGUUGAAGUCUCGUUUUGUUGCUUAAUUGAAUGCUAUUUAUUAUUAUAUUGCUGAAUCUAUAGCCAAAAACUCGAAACGAGAUUUAGGAAGGACGAGGAUCAUUUAGUUCGAGAUUUUGUUUCAGAUGUUCAGAAAUAAAAUGACUUAUGAUGUCUA